GCGUCGCAAAAGGUUCGCGCAAUGGAAGAGAUCAAAAAGGCACUGGCCGAGGCGGACCCGUUCGCCAGCUGGUGGCCAUUCAUCGUGGCCGGCAUCGUGUUCGUGAUCGGCACUGUCAGGACGUACAUGGGCGGACAGCCCUGCCCGAACGGAAACACCAUCCCGGGCCGGGUGAUCGUGGUCACCGGUGCGACCGGUGGCAUCGGGCGCGAGGUGUGCCGUGAGCUGGCCCGCCGACAGGCGCGCUGUUUGAUACUGGCGUGCCGUACCGUGGAGCAGGGCGACGCUCUGAAGGAGCAGCUGCGCCGUGAAGCUCCGGACUGUGUGUGUGAGGUGUCCGUGGUCGAUCUGCGUUCGUUCGACAGCGUGCGCCGGUUCGUGCGUCAGCUGCAGGCGCAGCAUCCGGCGGUGGACGCACUGGUGAACUGUGCCGGCGUGAUCUUCCAGCCCGGCGGACACACGGCCGACGGUUACGAGCAGCACCUGCAGUGCAAUUAUCUGUCCCACUUCCUGCUGACGCAGCUGCUGCGGCCCCAGCUGGCCCGGUCGGCACACGGCGGACGGAUCGUGCACGUGUCGGCCCACGGGUACACGGCGGCCAAGAUUGCCGACCGCGACGAUCCGCUCAAUCUGCGCCAACCGGCCCAAAGUGGACGGGACGCGUUCGCGCACUCGAAGCUGGCCAUCGUGCUGGGCAGCAGAGCGCUGGCAGGGAAGCUUACUGCGGAGGGGUGCAGCACCACCGUCAACUGCUGCUCGCCGGGGCUGGUUCGCGGCACGGGCCAUCUGCGCCACUCGCCGAUCAUGAAGGCACUGUUCGCGAAGGUGCUCACCUUCCCUUGGAUGUGGCUGUUCAUGAAGAGUCCGGCACAGGGCGCCCACACGAUCGUACGGCUCGUGACGGAUCCGGCACUGGCCGGCUGUACGGGGGACUUUUUCAACGACUGUGAACGGGUGGAGGUGUCCGAGUUGGCCAGGGACGACGAGCUGGCCGACCGUCUGUACCGGGCCUCCCUCAGUGCGGUUGGUUUAACCGAGGACGCGGCCAGGGGGACCGUGCGACCGAAGAAAGAGUAGCGACUUUGGAGAUGGUGCUUUGUAUGCCGGUACUGGUAAAUUAAACGAUUUUAGUGAACACAUCAGGUGGAAAUGCUGCUUUUGCUUAGUCCGGAUCUGCUUAGUACCGUAUGACUCAUGUCAUGUAUUGCAUACCUUCAGGCGCUUAGCAAGUUCGAAACGGAGUAGUAUUUAUUUAGAGACUAUCCAUAGUAUUUCGAACCAAUCAGGGCAGGAGGAAUGUACCUUUCUUGCGUUACGAACAUGAUUUGUUACAUUAAUCUACAAAUAAAUUAACAUUUUCACAAAACUGGAUGCGUAGAAAAUGACCUUGGUAGUAAUAUAUUCCAUUUAUUUUAUAAAACUAGUGAGACUUUAAUAAGGCUAAGAAGAUUAGUAAUUGGUCAGUAAACUCCUCCUGGCAGUGGUUUCAUAUUAAGCUAUGCUUCGUAUCAAAACUCUCCUUUACCUGGGCGAUCAUGUGUUCUUUAUGCCAUUUUAAAUAUAAGUGUAUCCUCUGUUUAGUUAUUUUCUUUCUCAAAUAAUAUUUACAAGUAAAAGAAUAUUUUUCAAAUAAAAACGUGUUUGUCAGCACGUGAUACUUGGGUCCCGGCAUCCAGGUAGAGUCAACAUGAAGGCAAAUACGUGUCCAACAGAUUCGCUGGCGUCGUCGAGCAGAAUGCAUCCGGUGAAAUGAAAUGCGUGUAGAGUAAAGCUCACCGUUUAUUCGUCAAUAAAGCUGUUAACUGGAGCGGAAAUAUUUAAAGGACUAAGCCUUGCCUUACCGCUUUGAAACAACAAAGAUAAAUUGACACAGCACAGCAUUGGUCUGCUGUUGCUCGGCUCCGAAAGCAUCCACGUGCUGUGCUGUCCUCCGCCUGCCGAAUCCAUAUUUAAUGCCUUGUUCUUACCUCGUUUUACCACCGCUGGUCGCAUUCUCCGUGCUGUGUGUACCCAUGCCCGCGGGCGCAGAAGCUACCCGUAGCCAGAGUGUCAUCUUACCUGAUUACCAUGUAUCGUUCGGUGUUUUUCGGCCAACUUUUUACUCCGACCUUCUGGUCGGGUGCGAUAAGGAUGCGAUUAAACUUCUGUGCGGCUGCCGUGGAGAAGGAAGUAAAAAUAAACAGGGCGUGGGAAUGAAUCUGCCCAACCUAGCUCAAAACCAGACUCAGAGAGAGAGAGGGACACACACACACAAGCUGAGGAGGAGCAAAAUGUCAUAAAAGAUAAUUUAACACUGCUGCUAUUUGAAAGGCAGACUGCAAUACGUCACUGCCAUGGUUACGCAAAGGGGCAUGGAACUAGCGAGGGUCG